GGAGCGGAGGCAGCAGCGCGGGGGCGGAGCGCUGCGAUGUGCAGGAUGUCGUUCAAGAAGGAAACCCCUCUGGCCAACGCUGCCUUCUGGGCUGCAAGGAAGGGAAACCUGGCUCUCCUGCAGCUGCUGCUGAACAGCGGGCGAGUAGACGUGGACUGCAAGGACAGCCUUGGCACAACAGCUCUGAUGGUAGCCUCUUACUAUGGCCACACAGACUGUGUACGAGAGUUGGUCUUGCAAGGAGCAGACAUCAACCUGCAGAGAGAGUCAGGUGCAACUCCUCUCUUCUUUGCUGCACAGCAAGGCCACAACGAUGUGGUGAAGUUUCUCUUUCAGUUUGGAGCCUCCACUGAGUAUAAGAACAAGGAUGGAGGCACUGCUCUGCUGGCUGCCUGCCAGUAUGGGCAUGCCAAGGUGGUGGAGACCCUCCUGAAGCACGGUGCCAACAUCCACGAUCAGCUUUACGAUGGAGCCUCUGCAAUCUUCCUGGCAGCACAAGGAGGCUACCUGGACGUGAUCCGCCUGCUGCUGUCCUCGGGAGCCAAGGUCAACCAGCCCCGGCAGGAUGGGACAGCUCCCCUGUGGAUUGCCUCCCAGAUGGGCCACAGCGAGGUGGUUCGAGUGAUGCUGCUGCGGGGAGCCGAGCGCGACGCCGCCCGUGACGAUGGAACCACUGCCUUGCUGAAGGCUGCCAUCAAAGGCUACAACAACGUGAUAGAAGAGCUGCUGAAAUUCUCUCCCACGCUCGGCCUGCUGAAGAACGGGACCUCUGCUCUGCACGCGGCCGUCCUCAGCGGCAACGCCCGGACGGUGGCACUGCUGCUGGAAGCAGGAGCAGACCCCUGCCUGAGGAACAAGGCCAACGAGCUGCCAGAAGAGCUAACCAAAAACGAACGCAUCCUGCGCCUCCUCCGCAUGAAGGAGAAGCAAAGGAAAAGUUAAUGCAGCCCUGCAGCCACUGCAGCUUGACAGAGAUGCUCCCUGCCCACAGUAGUGUGCCAGCAAGCCUUGGUUGCCCACCAAGGGCUGGUUGGACCAGUUAGCAGAACUGAUAGCCCCUCCAGUACCCCCUGAACGCACCGGGCCCUCACCGCGGGGCAUGGCAGCCACGGGACUGUGACAGCAGGGCUGGCCUGGGAGCAGCUCUGCACUGCAGCCAGGCCUGCACUCCAGCACCCAAGGCACCACAGUGGCUCCUCCA